AUGGCGGAGCGCGAGCCGGAGCCCGAAGCGGGCGAGGCCCCUGAGGAGGAGGAGGGCGGCGGUGGCGGCGGCUCGGCGGGGCGCAAGGCCCGCGGCCGGCCGCGACUGACCGAGUCGGACCGGGCCCGGCGGCGGCUGGAGUCCCGGAAGAAGUACGACGUGCGCCGCGUUUACCUGGGCGAGGCCCACGGGCCUUGGGUGGACCUGCGGCGCCGCAGCGGCUGGAGCGACGCCAAGCUCGCCGCCUACCUCAUCUCCCUGGAGCGGGGCCAGCGCAGCGGGCGCCACGGGAAACCUUGGGAGCAAGUCCCCAAAAAGCCAAAGCGGAAAAAAAGAAGGAGGCGCAACGUGAAUUGCCUGAAGAACAUGGUGAUCUGGUACGAGGACCACAAGAACCGUUGUCCUUACGAGCCCCACCUGUCAGAGCUGGACCCCACCUUUGGCCUGUACACCACGGCCGUGUGGCAAUGUGAGGCUGGCCACCGCUACUUCCAGGACCUCCACUCACCCCUGAAGCCGCUCAGCGACUCCGAGAACGAGAGCGACAAAGUGGGCAACGGCGUGGGGGCCGGAAGCUCGGACUCUUCCAACGAAACCUCCGCUUCGGAUUCGGAGGGGCAGCCUGAGAGCCGGCAGGCCAGAUCGACCCAGCCCCCGCCGGUCACGGCCCCGGAGCGGGGCAGCAGCGGCCUCAUCACUCAGGACGGCGUCCACAUCCCCUUCGAGCACCACAUCGAGAACCUCACCGCCGAGCAGGGGGCGGCCGUCUGCCGCAACCCCCCGGCCGGCGGGACCGAAAGCGUGGAGACGGUGGUGUGCGUGCCCGUGCCCGUUCAGGUCGGCUCGGGACACGGCACUUUGUUUGAGAAUGUCACGCAAGAGACCCUGGGGGAGGUGGUGGCGGCUAGCUGCCCCAUGCAGGGCAUGGUCCAAGGCUCACAGGUCAUCAUCAUCGCGGGGCCCGGCUAUGACGCCCUGACCACUGAGAGCAUCCACUUAAACGUCACCAGUGGCGGAGGGGAGGAGAUGCCCUGCACCGUGAUUGAGGGGGUGGCGGCCUACACCCAGACGGAGCCCGAGAACGGGGAGACUGGCAGCAUUGAGACGGUGGAGAGCAUGGAGUGUAUAGAGACAAAAAAAGAGAAGGAAGACCUCUACGUCCUCAAAAAAGAGGAGAAAGAGGAGCCGCCGCCGCCGCCGCCUCCUCAACUGGAGGGGCAAGAGGGGCUAAACACGGUGCCAGGGGAGGCGGAGCCCGAAGCCGAGCCGGACCCGGAGGAGAUGGACGGCAGUGACAUGUCGGCCAUCAUCUAUGAGAUUCCCAAAGAGCCAGAGAAGAGAAGGCGCAGCAAGCGGGGUCGGGUGAUGGAUGCUGACGGCAUGCUGGAGAUGUUCCACUGUCCGUAUGAAGGAUGCAGUCAAGUCUAUGUAGCACUUAGUAGCUUUCAGAAUCACGUUAACCUCGUUCAUCGAAAAGGGAAGACAAAAGUCUGCCCUCACCCCGGCUGUGGCAAAAAGUUCUACUUAUCCAAUCACCUGCGGAGGCACAUGAUCAUUCACUCAGGCAUUCGGGAAUUUACCUGUGAGACCUGUGGGAAGUCCUUCAAAAGGAAGAAUCACCUGGAGGUCCAUCGGAGAACACACACGGGCGAGACUCCUCUACAGUGUGAGAUCUGCGGUUAUCAGUGCCGGCAGCGGGCCUCCCUCAACUGGCAUAUGAAGAAGCAUACGUCGGAGGUGCAGUACAACUUCACCUGCGAGCAUUGUGGCAAACGCUUUGAAAAAAUGGACAGUGUUAAGUUUCACAAGCUAAAGAGCCACCCAGACCACAAGACUACAUGAUCUUCGGUGGUGUCCAGUUCCUAGGGCACCCUGGACUAUGGGGCUACAGGGCCCCUCCUGGGUCGAUCUCCGCCCGGCCCCCGUUCUUCAUCUCUGCCCACCGGAGAUGGUAUCGGGUGCUGCCAUUCUAUUCCCUGCCCGGUCCCCAGCGAGAGGGGCAGUCGGAGCACAGCAGUAGUUGAGCCAGAGUUCUCAGAAAAGGGUGAUCCAUCCUUCCCCGCCUGGAAAUUGCCAAUUGGAUUGCAGUUUGCUCCUCUGGCCUGGGGCUCCUGGAAAUGCGAGGUUCCAGCAAGGAGCUGGGGGAGAGCGGUGACCCCUCUCUGGCGUCCGUGCCAAACCGAAGGGACGGGGUAACAGCGAGUGAGGCGUAGGUAUGAGAUUUCCUCCGGCCACCACCAUUUCCCAAUCUCCACACCACCUCCUCUGCCCCCUUUCUGGAUCCCCCGUGAUCUAUCUGCUACUCAGUCAGUCGGUCA